CACAUCCCCGUGACGGCCGCGAAGGCGAGCACACCCACGCCAUGGGACCUUCGGCUUCCCUUCUCCCCCUUCGCCCGCGCCCUGCGCGCCCGCGGUGAUCGGGCGUCCACUGCCAGCGCGCGCUCCCGUUCCGCCGCUCCCUUCGCCGGUUCGCCCGCCACGACGCAUAUGGCUCCUCAUGCCCGCUCCCAUCGCACCUCCCCUCUGCCCCCUCGCCUUAUCCGCAUCCCCAACCGCCACUACAGGCAGCGGCGCAGCACCAGAGAGCGGAGGCGGCGGGAGGAGCGGGAUUCGGAGGGGGAGCGCGGCCACGGAGGGGCACACGGGGGCGCAACAGGGUCGGGCGCUCGGCGCCAUGGAUGCUAAGAAGGGCUCGGGGGAGCCGGAGUUCUUCAGCGAGUACGGCGAUGCGAGCCGGUACGAGGUCACCGAGGUGGUCGGCAAGGGCAGCUACGGCGUGGUGGCCGCCGCCGUCGACACUCACACCGGCGGGCGCGUCGCCAUCAAGAAGAUCAACGACGUCUUCGAGCACAUCUCCGACGCCACCCGCAUCCUCCGCGAGAUCAAGCUACUCCGCCUCCUGCGCCACCCGGACAUCGUCGAGAUCAAGCACAUCAUGCUCCCACCCUCCCGCCGCGAGUUUCGCGACAUUUACAUUAUCUUCGAACUCAUGGAGUCCGAUCUCCACCAGGUCAUCAAGGCCAACGACGACCUCACCCCCGAGCACCACCAGUUCUUCCUCUACCAGCUGCUUCGUGGGAUGAAGUACAUUCAUGCCGCCAGCGUCUUCCACCGGGACCUCAAGCCCAAGAACAUUCUUGCCAAUGCUGAUUGCAAGGUCAAGAUUUGUGACUUCGGCCUUGCUCGAGUGUCCUUCGACGACACUCCGUCCGCGAUAUUCUGGACGGAUUACGUGGCAACAAGAUGGUAUCGCGCUCCAGAGUUGUGCGGCUCUUUCUUUUCAAAGUACACUCCUGCAAUUGAUAUUUGGAGCGUCGGUUGUAUAUUUGCUGAAAUGCUUAUGGGAAAGCCACUUUUUCCUGGAAAGAAUGUGGUACAUCAAUUGGAUCUCAUGACCGACUUACUUGGCUCUCCUUCAGGAGAAACUAUUUCCAGGAUUCGGAAUGAGAAAGCUCGACGAUAUUUGGGCAACAUGAGAAAAAAGCCUCGAGUGCCUUUUUCUCAGAAAUUUCCUGGUGCAGACCCAAUGGCUCUCCAUUUGCUUGAACGGUUACUUGCUUUUGAUCCCAAGGAUCGGCCAACUGCUGCAGAGGCCUUAACAGAUCCAUACUUUACUGGAUUGGCAAAUUCGGAACGUGAACCCAUAGCACAACCCAUCUCAAAACUCGAGUUUGAGUUUGAGAGAAGGAAGCUAGCAAAAGAUGAUGUCCGGGAAUUAAUUUACAGAGAGAUAUUAGAGUACCAUCCUCAGAUGAUGCAGAAAUAUCUUCGUGGUGGGGAUCAGUCAAACUUUUUGUACCCCAGUGGGGUGGAUCGUUUUAAGAGGCAAUUUGCUCAUCUAGAAGAAGGUGUUGCUCAGGGUGACAAGACUAGCCCGCAGCUAAGGCAGCAUGUUUCUUUACCAAGGGAAAGAGUUGUUAGGAAUGGUGAUGAACCUGAUCCAACUGCAGAUUACUGCAUAAAGUUGCAUGUAGGUGAGCAACCGGGGCACUCAUCAGUGACAGAUGGACUGAACAAGCCACUCUUAAGUGCUCGUAACUUCCUGAAGAGCGAAAGCAUCGGUGCUUCCCAGUGUGUUGUCAUAAAAGAAAAGCGAGAAAAAGAUGAAGAAUCUAUGUCAGAAUAUAUGAAUGAAGCAGCUGAUGGGGUGCCGCAUAAGAUUGCUCAAUUGAAAACAUAAGUAUCUCUUACUGUACAGGUGAUCAAUCCAUAUAGCAGCACGUAGAUAUAGUCUAAACUUAAGAAGGGCAGAUAAAUGAAUUAGAUAUUUAAGUAGCCACAGUUUUUCUCGGCUCCUUGUUGGGAUCCAUGUUGUGUUGAAAUCUCUCCCCUGAUUUUUUCGAGGAGCUAAGAUAUAUUUGACUUCAGCUCCUGAUUUUAGUCGAUGGAUUUCACUGUCACCCUAUACUUUAUUCUUAGCCGAGCAUAGGAGACUUAGUCACUGAUUAGAUCAUGUAACUAGUGAUAACAAUGUAUCAACAUAUGCAUGAAUUAACUCAUUAAUCUUGUCUAUUUCCCAGUCUGAUAAUAGUGAGCAUGAAGCUGUUUUACUCUUUA